CACUUCCUCAAAGGCGCUCAAAACUCUAGCUCUUUUGCUCUUCACUUCUCUGGAGCCGCCUCUGCAUAUCCCUACGAAUACAAAAUGGUGAGAGUUAGUGUCUUGAAUGAUGCUCUUAAGAGCAUGUACAAUGCUGAGAAACGAGGGAAGCGCCAGGUCAUGAUUAGGCCUUCCUCCAAAGUCAUCAUCAAGUUUCUUUUGGUGAUGCAGAAGCAUGGUUACAUAGGAGAGUUUGAGUAUGUUGACGAUCACAGAGCUGGCAAAAUUGUGGUUGAACUGAAUGGAAGGCUUAAUAAAUGUGGGGUUAUCAGUCCCCGUUUUGAUGUAGGUGUCAAAGAGAUUGAGGGUUGGACUGCAAGGUUGCUCCCAUCAAGACAGUUUGGAUAUAUUGUCCUAACAACAUCAGCAGGCAUCAUGGACCAUGAAGAAGCUAGGAGGAAGAAUGUUGGUGGAAAAGUUCUUGGUUUCUUCUACUAGACUGGGUCUUUUAGUUUUCACAAAAUUUUCAGUUUAUGAGGAGUUUUGCGGUGUAUUUGAAAACCUAUUUCCUAUAGGAUCUGUUUAAUGCUUUGAUUUUUCUUUUGCUUUUUGUUGGAAUGCAAGUAGUGUUUGUUGCGAAUAUCAUUAUCAUCAUCAAUUAAAAACAGCAGUUCAUGUUGGUUACUGCUGCAGUAAGUUAUUACUGAUGAAUUAUUAUCUGAGAUACAUUUCGUGAU